AAGCCCGCAUCUUUAGCUGCGAGUCGCAGCCUGCGACCAUCAUGCCGGACUCAACGCCAGCACCGCUAUCGUGCCCCGUAUGCUUCGAGCGCUUUCCCACGGCGGCCGGUACGGCCUUCGCUCUGCAUUUGGCGUCUUGCUCACGCUCCUCCCCUUCCCCUCCUGAGUCUCCGACAUCGGCCGCUCACUGCCCGCGUUGUUUUCACGUCUACGCUGCCGGUACACUGGCGCAUGAGAUCUCCUUCCAUGAACACGAGUGCGCACGCGUCAAUGAUCUCCCAGACGCUGAAAACGAUGAUAGCGCUUCAUCCACCACUGGCCGCAAGCCCAAACGCCAGCGCAAUGACGUGCGCGUGGAGGCGACUCCCAGUGUGACGCUCUUCCCGUCCCACUGCUUCCUAUGUGGCAACGGCGGCCGUGGAUUGCUCCACUGCAGCGGCAGCUGCGCGCGUGCUGCUCAUCAGAACUGUGUAGACCAGCUACAGGCGCCCACAGUUGGUGAACCUCUGUCUGUGGCCGAACGUAAGCAGGCGGCUGAGAACUGGAAGUGCGCACAGUGUCUGAGAGGCCUACAUCGCUGUCAGCGCUGUGGAUUCUUGGGCCACGAGGCCAAUGGCAUGCGCAAAUGCUCAGUACUUGACUGCGGCUACCAUUUCCACGAACAGUGUCUGGAGACGGACGAGACGACGCACACGGGCUUCGUGUGUCCACGCCACACGUGCGCGACGUGCGGCACGCAGGAGACGGACAUGACGCGCUGCAAGAGCUGCUCUGUGUGCUACCACAUGACGCACUUUCGUUGCCCGAGAGGCAGCGGCGCGUCUACCGGCGCGUCCACGAACAACGGCGGUCUGGACCCGAUCAACCUGUUCGUGUGUCCACGACACGACGCAGAGACCACGACGUCUCCGACCAGCAGUCCCGACGCCAGCAACUCAUUGAGACAGAGAAUCGCAGCCGGCGACGUGGUGCUCGUGCUCGAGUUUACGAACGCGUUGCUGCCGUCCAGUGCCAAGCAGGCGGCGCCCGACGCGGUCAACCACUGGGGCGUCGUUGUCUCGGCCGAGGAGACGGAGCCGCAUGGACGCGGCAACCAGCUACUGAGUGUACGUAUGUUCGCAGACGAAAAUGUGCUGGUUGUGCCCAACCAGUACGCGCUGCGCGUGGCUACAGCGUCGGAUUUCUCUCGACCGGUGGACCUGAUCCGCCACUGCUUGCAGCGUCACGCUAUGGUGGAGCUCCAGCUGCGACAGAUGGAAGGUAAUGUCGAUGAAGCCGAGGAGAAACGUAUUCUGCGUUCCAGUACGGCUGCGUUCGCUGCACGUCUCAAGGCACUGGGUGUGACGGCCGCUCAGGCUACGAGCGACGCGGAACAAGGACUUGCACGCUGGCGUCAGUUCCAGACGCUACCAGAGCCGCGUCAUUACGACGGCCUCGGAGACGCGGCGCCCAGUUAUCUGUACAUUGACACACGUGGAUCUCGCCCUGGGCAGCAAGCUUCAAACAGCGGAAGAGCUUCCGGGGUGACAGCAGACGCAGAUGGAGACGUGUCGAUGACGGAUCCGGAUACAGACAGUGGCGGCGCUACUGCGAACGGCCCGACCCGUGGAUCCCCACACGCCAGAGCGCCGUCGCGACCAAAGAACGCUGGAAGAAGUCCACAUGAAGGCGAAGCUGAGAAACCUACUGACACGCCUGGUGUGGACGCAAACUCGUCCGUUCAAGAGUCUCAGAACUGCUCACAGGACACGGUAAUGACAGAUACGCAGGACACUCAACAAGACAGCGACAGCUGCUCUCAAGCUUCUGCUACGGUAAGAGCCACCAGUCCGGAUAGUGGUAUUAGCAACCAUACUAUUGGCCCUGACGCGAAUAGGAAUAAACGGUCGGCCGACGUUAUCGAGAGCGGUGACGUGAAGCGACAGAAGGUCAGCACGGAGUCUCCGGCUUUGGAGGCUCCAGUUUUUACGCCGACCAACUUCUGUGGACUCCAACCAGGAGCGACUCUGAGCAGUGCAUCUGCGCCUGCUACGCUGCAUAUUUCACCCAUGGCGUCAAGCUCCCGUACGAUUCUGCCUCAGAAGCGAAAGCAGCUCACUCGGAAGCAGAAACUGCUGGCGGAUAUGCCUAAACUAGUGCUAGAAGACCUCGAACGGACGGCCUUUCGCUAUCUGGAGGAAGCCGACGCAUCGAGAUCGAAGCCGGCACCUGUUCCAACUGACUCUGAUGCUUUCCCUUGGGCUGCUCGUGCUGCCAACUUCCGUCCCGCGUUCUACAGACCCACAGUGAUGCUAGGCCACAGUGGGUUGCGUCGACCUGGCGUAGACGCCGUCAGUCGUCUGUUGGUGAGCCAGGACAAGCGCAGUAUCAAGUGUUUUGUCCAGACUCUGGAGGCUAACGAGGAUCUGUCCAAGUGUUCUCACGUGGAUCAUCUCGACAAGAAGGCAUCAUCUGCGUCGCCGGGCUUCGUGCUGCUGGACUUGAUGACCUUGAGCAGUUUUCGAGAACUGGAGUUGGUGGUGCGCACUCGUCUGGUCGAGGCCUUGGGGAAACACUCUCGCUACACUCGUGAUCACUUUGGCAUGGACGCGUACCAAGCGCAACGUUGGCUGGAGCAACAGCGUCGCAGGAAGGCCAGCGACCAGCCUCCCAUAUCGCUGUCUUACUGCGCGGUGGACGGCGUGAGACGCCAUAUCGAACUCAAAGAAUCGACCAAGCAAUCACCCAAGGACAAGCAGAAGUGGCUCUGCUUCUGCGCGAACGUGCGUCAUCUUUCAGUGGCCAUUACGGUCCCCAACGUGACACGGUCGGCAUUGAAGUCGAUGGUUGCACCCCAACAGGUUGCCGGGACCGCGAAGUAAUGGAGAACGAGAAGCAAAUACAUCAAAACAGCACGAAUAACAACAGCUAAUAAGUUGUGGUUAAAAGAGUUUUAUUCUCUUAUCUGUAUAUAAUACAUGUACAAGUGUCAUCACUGGCGCAUUCACUUGGGUC